CGUCCAUAAUUCUCAUCAAUUAUCAUUUCUCGCAACCCCAAAAAUCAUAACAAAUCUCACUUUCUCCCCCAUCCAUACCACGUACCGUACAUAACCGUACUCGAAACUACUGAAUAAUCCCCCUUUCUUUAAUCGAUCGCGCAUAGAUAGAGAGAGAUACUCCUUGAUAUUCGAGUGUUGUCUUGUGUUGUGUUGUGUGGAUAGAGAAUUGAGAAGAGCAGAGAGAAAUAAUGGGGGAAGAAGAAGAUCCACAGAGGCUGAAGAGAAUAGGUGCUUCUGCGUACGACUACGACAACGACCCAAGAUGGGCUGGGUACUGGUCCAACAUCCUCAUCCCUCCUCACAUGGCUUCUCGCUCCGACGUCGUUGACCACUUCAAGCACAAGUUCUACCAGCGUUACAUCGAUCCUGAUCUUGUUGUUGAGGCAAUGCCUUCUAGCAAUUCCUCUCAAUCAGCAAGGUCAAUGCCAUCGUCAUCUUCAACUUCAAAUGACCAAGCACGAUCACAUAACUCAGGAUCAACUACUAGAACAUCAGGGUCAUCAACAACUGCAGCUCCAAAUCCAACUUCUUUGCGCUGGGAUGGACAAACGAUUCAAUUUUUGAUCAAUGCCUGGGUAUUCGCAGUGGCUGUGCUUGUGAUAAUUCCUUUUGCACCUAGAAAUCUUUCAAAUAGGGCAUACGGGCUUGCCUUUAUGGGUUUUGCAUGUUCUUCUCUGUAUUCCGUGUACUCUCUAUAUGGGAAACCUAGAGCAUGGAAUUUGCAGGCAGUGCAAGUGUGGUUCCAAUCUGUGAUUGCAACCAAGGAUUUUAUUUACUUCAUCUACUGCCUUACUUUUGUCGCUUCACGUCUUUACCUCAAAUUUGCUUUACUUCCCAUUUUAUGCUGGGCUCUGGAACAUGUUGCCAAGUUCCUUAGACGUAAUUUUAGUCGUUCUUCCUUGUACAGGAAGUACUUGGAAGAGCCAUGUGUGUGGAUAGAGUCAAAUACAACUACCAUUAGCAUUCUUUCUUCGCAGGCUGAGAUCGGACUUGGAUUUCUUCUAAUUCUUUCCCUUUUCUCGUCGCAGCGCAACAUAAUACUGACAUUCAUGUAUUGGCAGCUAUUGAAGCUCAUGUAUCAUGCCCCUGUGACUGGUGGUUACCACCAAAGCGUGUGGGCUAAGAUUGGGAGGACUGUUAAUCCACCGAUCCACCGUUAUGCACCGUUUUUAAACACUCCGAUUUCUGCUGUUCAGAGAUGGUGGUUCAGGUAAAUGCCCAGUAGGUGGACGAACAGGAAGAACAAGCAUCUGAUAGAGUGGCAUCUCAAUGCAGGAUUGAGUUUUGGAAAUUUUAAUGGAAAAAUAUACUGGUUUGUAUGAUGAAGCAGUUGUAGAAUUGGUUGAUUAAAACCUCUGCUUUGUUUCUUAUUUUCACGUGUACAAACAAGUUGAUCAGAGAGCUGUCUUUCCCACUUUGUUGUACUUUGCAAUUAAAAAACCAGCAGGGGAAAUAUAAGAUGAGAACCUUCGAUCAUUUUUUGGAUGGUAGAGGUUCGUGGCUGCUGCAAUA